AUAAGUGUGAUUAGUGUUCGUUAAACAACAAAGAAAACAAAAAAGACAAAAGCCUGCAGCUACUUAAACUUCUUCUCUUGCCUCUUAUCUUCACUCUUCACUACCAAACACUAAACACUCUGGUUCUCGUAUUUAAACCAUACCUAUACAUACGCACUCAUUUAUACAUAGUCAUGGGAGAAGGAGAAGCAAAAGCUGAGCAAGCAGCCAAAGCAGACCACAAGAAUGCUCCCUCCGCUUCUUCCACGCCUGAAUCUUACUCCAAAGACAGCGAAGGAGGAGGCGGCGGAGGUGGAGGAGAUGCUCUCCGCGCAAUCUGCGGCGCCAUCUUCACCAUCCUCGUCCUACUAGGACUCAUCGCUUUAAUCCUCUGGCUCGUCUACCGUCCACACAAGCCACGCCUCACCGUCGUCGGAGCCGCCAUCUACGACCUCAACUUCACGACGCCGCCGCUAAUCUCAACCUCCGUUCAGUUCUCAGUCAUGGCCCGUAACCCGAACCGGAGGGUCUCCAUCCGCUACGACAAGCUCUCCAUGUACGUCACGUACAGGGAUCAGAUCAUAACGCCGCCGCUUCCUCUUCCGCCGCUUCGUAUGGGACAUAAGUCUACGGUGGUGAUAGCUCCGGUGAUGGGCGGCGACGGGAUACCGGUUUCGCCGGAAGUGGCUAACGGGCUGAAGAGUGAUGAAGCGAACGGUGCGGUCAUGAUGAGAGUGGUGGUUUUAGGGAGGCUACGUUGGAAAGCUGGUGCGAUUAAGACCGGACGGUAUGGAUUUUAUGCCACGUGUGAUGUGUGGAUGAGAUUUAAUCGAUCUUCUAAUGGUCAAGUUCCUCUUCUAGCUCCUUCAACUUGUAAAGUUGAUGUCUAGUUUUUAAUUUUAUUUUGUAGUAAUGUUUUUUUGUAAACCUUUGUGUUAAAAAAAAUGAAAAGAUAAGUUUAAAAGUUAAAUGUAAUUGUAAGCUUUGAUCUUCUGUUGAGAAUAAAUCCAGAUAUUAUAGAAUACAUUCUAAUCUA